UCUAAUGACCUUGCCUUCAUUUGCGUAUCAAUUCUGACUGAGGGCGUUCUUAGGUUUUCCCUGGUUUUGCAAUAUUUUUCUCUGUGGAAUUUUCCUGUCUCGUGCUUCUGUUUCAAUCGAAGACGAAGGAGUAUUAGUUUAGUCAUGGCCGACGACCUCAGUAGCGACGAACGAGAAGAUAUGGAGGUGGCGGACGAUGAAACCGGCCCGCCAUUGAAAUCCAAAGUUUUGAACGGAGAUCAUGAAAUAGGAGAAACCCAGGUCAGUUCAACAGCAAGAACCACUCCUGUUAACCCGAGUAAUGGUGAAAGUGGAAAGAACGUGGAAGAAAAUGGCGAAAUAGAAGGAUCAGAGGAAGAGGACGAAGAAGAAAAUGGAGAGUCGGAAGAGGAGAGCUCCAGCGAAGAAGAGUCAUCCUCGGAAGAUUCGCACAGCGACGAUUCAGAGGAAUCUGAGAGGGCUCAACAAGCAGGGAAGAUAGCUGAAGGUGAGCGUCCACAGCAUGGGUAUGCUGCCUCCAGUAAGUCACUAUUUGAGAGGAAAGCACAAGAGGCAAGUGAAACAGGUACGGCUAAAAUCAGACCCAUAGAGCAAGAGAAAGACCUUUUUGUGCCUACCAGUUCUCGACGCAGCACAUUUGAGAAAGCAACUGCAGAGGAUGCAAAGAAAGGGACACCAAAAAUUAAAGUGGACGAUGAGGAGGUUGACCUGUCAGGAAGAGCAAAAUCUCAUAAACAGCUGUUUGAAGAACAGGCCAGGCUAAGUGCCCAAGUGUCUCCAUCUCUUCCAAGAAAAAUAUUUGGUGAGCAGGAAGGAGAAGUAGACAUUUCUGGAAAGGCAAGAUCAAAGAAAGAACUGUUUGAAAAAUUUGCAUCAGAGAAUAAAGCAACAUCUCCUGGUGCAGAGAGAAGAAUUCUUGGAGAUGUAGAUAUUUCAGGUCGAGCAAAAGCUCAUCGCAAUAUUUUCCAACAAAAGAUUGAGGAAGAGUCCCAGGUCAAAGCAUCUCGCAAGUUUCAUUUAGAGGAAGAUGUCUUUUCUGGCAAGGCAACAUCACGACGUGCAAUCUUUGAAAAAUUUGGGUCGUCAAAUGAUGGAAGUCAAAAGGGUUCUAAACGAGUUGAAGAUGAGGAGAUCGACUUGAGCGGAAGAGCAAAGUCUCAUCGGCAAAAAUUUGAGCAAUUUGCUGAAGAAGCCUCAAAAGUCCAAACAGCAAGGUCAAACAAUGAUGAACUGAAUCUUACAGGAAAGGCAUCGUCACACAAAGAAUAUUUUGAUGAAAAGGUCAUUGAGGCUGGUAUGACCAAAACAUCAGAAAAGAAGUUGAGGGACGAGGAGGAGGAAGCCAUUGCUGGUAGAGCUCGAUCGCACAAGAUGACUUUUGAAGAGAAAGCUGCUAAAGAUUUGGAAGUGCAAACUAGAGAUAAAUCAAGACUUCAAGAAAUACCUGAUAAAAGCACAAGGAAAAAAAGUAAGAAAGAGAAACAUGGAGAUGACCAAGAAAAAAAGAAGAAGAAGCGGAGAUCUUCAUCAAAGUCCAAAGAGCACAAAGAAAAUGUGGCACAUGAAGAGGCAAUUCCAGAAGACAAGAGUGAGGGUGUUUUUGAAGAAGAAAAAGCUAAAGAUGAAGAAACAGAAGAGAGAGAAAAAGAUGAAGGAGAAGUUCAUGAGGAUGAUGAUGAUCAUAAAAUGAAUGGUGAGAAACAUGAAUCAGAUGAAGAGGAACAGAGAGAAGUUAGUGAGACAAUUGAAGAUGAUUAUGGUGGUGAAAUUACAGUUGCAUCUUCAAAUGUGUACGAGUCAACUCCAGUUGAUCUCCAUGUUGAAGAAGACACCAAUGAUGGCAAGGAAGAUGAGCCCAAACCAGCUUUUUCUGUUACUAUGCGUGACCAUGGAGUUGUUCCAAAUGAUGGCAAGGAAUAUGCAGAGCCUGAACCUAAACAGAUUAAAGAUGAGCCCAAACCCACCUAUUCUGUUACUAUGCACGAUGAUGGAGAUGUUCCACUGGAUUAUCGUGCAAGGAGAGCUCUGAGAGAAAAGAAGAAAGCUAUGGAGGAAGAAGCAAAGAGUGUGGACUUGCAAGAUGGCAAGAAAAAGGAUGUUAAGAAAAGUGAAGUUCAACCUGCAGAAGAAGAAAAAUCCAAAUCAGAAGAAGAUAAAGCAAAAGAUCUGGUUGCAAGAAGGGCUGAGAGAAGAGAAAGAAGAAGGCAGAAUGCACAUGUUACCUCUGAGGAUGACGUUGAAGUUGCAUCAGAUGCCUCCUCUGCAAGAAGAACAUCUUUAGCAGCCAGAAGGGCUGAACGUAGGUUAAAAAGUGCUGGCAAUUCUGAGGAGACUGGUAGUGUUGAGAAGUCUGCUAGUGUGGACAGAGUUGAAGAAGUGCAAUCCACGAUUGAGGAGAAAAGAGCAGCACGCAGAGCAGCAGCCAGGGCUGCCGAGAAGGCAACAGAAAAGGAAGAAGAAGCCAAACCUGAUAAGGUAGAAGAGAAGGAAGAUACAUUGGCACGUAAGAGACAGGAGAGGAGAGAAAGAGCUGAGAGAAGGAGAAGCAGUAGUAAAAGUGAAGCAAUUCCUGUAGAAGCCUUAACUAAAAGAGGAUCCACCUCAGAAGAAGAGCAAACAAGUAAUGCUACUGAGCAGAAAUCAUCAUACACUGCAACUGUGAAAGCAAGAUUUGAUAAGAAGGGAGGGGAAGAAAAAAUUUCUAGUACAUCUCGACUUGGAGGUUCCAAGCCUUCAAAGGCUGAAAGUGAGACUGUAUCAACACCGAAACAGUCAGGAGAUAAUCAGGAAAAGAGAGCACAAAGAGAAGAAAAGGAGGAUGAGAUUGGCAGCAUCAAAUUGAAAACAGGUGUCCAGGGAGAGAAUAGCGGUUACAAGCCGAGGGGUACAAGAGAAACUCUGAACAAGUUAGAGGGGAAGGAGAAUACCAAAGAAACUACUAAACCUGCUACUAGGACUAAUCGCUUUGCACCACCUCAGCAAGAGAAAUGUGAGACAUGCAAGAAGACUGUGUAUCCAAUGGAGAGGCUUGCUGCUGACAAGAAAGUGUUCCAUAAAACUUGUUUUAAAUGUGCUGAGUGCAAAUCCACACUGAGACUGGGAAAUUAUGCUGCUCUACAAGGGAAACUUUACUGUAAACCGCACUUCAAACAGCUGUUCAAAACCAAAGGCAACUAUGAUGAAGGAUUUGGCCGUGAACAGCACAAAACACAAUGGUCUAGGGGUAGAUGAAACAUGCAGUUAACAGCAAAGGAAAAACCUAAUGGCCUAUUAGAUUUCAUUAAUGGUCGUUUGCUAAAGAAAUUGGUGUAGACUAAUUGCAAAUUUGGUUACUGUAAAUCCUCCAACUGAUGUCUCCACUUUUGCCUCUUGCUUCCCAGAGGUAGUGAUUAAACUGUGUCAGGAGAGAGCAAUGACACAGCUUGUUCACUUUGAAAAAUGUACCACCAAGUUUUUAAGAUCAAACUUAUAAUCUUUGUUCCUUGUUAGAUUUUUUUUCUCCCUCGGUGUUCGACUCUCUUGAUGAACUUUUUUUUUUUUAAUGUGUCAUCUCGAUGAACGCCAGUUGUCUACAACAGCUCCUCAUUUGCAAGAACAGUUGGUGUCCCAAAAUGCAACGAGGCCAGGUAUUUUAGUCGCCUCAUUUUAGGCGCCUUAAAACCGACCAAUCUUCCUCUGCUUUCAUUACAAGAGGGUUGCAAUUCAUUUUGAUGUGGAAUUCGGCGAUGGAGGAUUUACAGUUUAAGUGUUUUUAUGAUUGUGUGAAUAGUAAACAGGAGAUUUUUUAAAUAGUUUUGAUAAUUUCGCAGAAAAAAAAAGUAUCGUUGGUUAAUUCAAACAGUUUUCUGGGACCGAUACAGCAACAAUGUGAAAUAACUCGGAUAGCUGGAAUUUUAAUUCACUGUAUUAUGUGAAUCAAGCUUUACUAAUUUUUGCUGUGAAGAGUACCAAGAUUGAGAAGUGCCUGACAUACGUCCUUGCGUGACGAAUGUAACGGUCUUUUUUCAUUUUCUUCGUGGGGAAAAAUAGAUUCGUUUAGAAUACAAGGUUUAGUAUCUUUCGAGAAAAAUCAAAUCAUUUGGACUGUACAUAUUUUUUUUUAAAGAAAAUUAAUUGUUGAGUACAACAAAUUGCCAGCAUGUAUAUUGAUCGACCACAGUUGUUUCGCAAACUUUGUUUGACCUAAAUUACAUGUAGCAGGUGGCAAAGACUUUCCAAGUGGGUUGAUUUGCUAGGAAAAUCUUCCUUAUCUGCGUUCGAUGAACAGAAUUUUUGAAGGUUUCCUUCCAAUUUGUUACCUAAAGAAGGAACUAUUCUGCUAAUUACAAAAGUUACGUCGCACAGCCAGAGGUAAACUCCUCCAACCAUUUGUGCUUCGGUCACAGGCGAGAAGUCAAACAUUUGACUUUUAUUCUUGACAUUUUUUUUCCUUUUCAGCUCUUUAAUAAGGUAUUUCAUUUAUCAUUUGGUUAUUAGUUUAAAUCAAAGUCAAGAAAAUAGUGGCCGAAGUUUUCCAAGCAGCAGCUAUUUGUGACACAUGUCGCGUGACGUUAGUGACAGAAAAAAGUUGUCUUAGCGUCACGUAAGAUCGUUGAGUUAUCUGAAUUGCACACGUUGUUUGUUCCAGGAGGUUUGGUUUGCGCACUAUUAGCCAGCUCAUAAAAAAUUCAGUUCUCCCUAGCAUGUCUAAAAUAGUUUAUUUUGAUCAGCAAUAAAUUGGAAAUGAUUUUUUGGAAUAAUGAAA